GACGUCAGAGCCGCUUUCCGUGCCACAUGCUUUGAAGGAGUCAAUUUAUCCCUGUAAUUUUUCCAAAAACAUCUCGGAAUAGACACAUAUUUUUAUGGAUAAAGACAGUAUUUUACAUGGAAAUAUACUGGUUACUCUUUCGAAGUAAGAGUCACAUCAAAUAAAAGUGUUUUGCAGUUACUGUUUUAAAGAUCUGUAAUAGCUGUCACAUCUAAUUAUGGCUCUUCCGGAGAAGAAUGAAGUUACAGCAGACCUAGAAACACAACCCAUGGUCAAAGAAGAAGAGUUAAAUGACUCUAAACAAGAGGAAGAUGAGAAUGCAGAUGGUGUAGAAGAUGCUGAUCAAGAGAUGACCUGUGAAGAUGACAAUGAUGAUGGUGAAGCCCUUGACCUGGAUAGAAAUGAAGAAGAUGAGCCUGAGAAACCAAAGGGCAAGAAAUGGAUUCCAGGUAUCGUGUAUUUGGGACACAUUCCUCCGAGAAUGAGACCAAAACACAUGCGGACUAUGCUGAGUGUGUACGGAGAGAUCGGGAGGAUCUUCCUACAGCCUGAAGAUCGUUGUGUGAAAAGAAAGAAAAAGAAGGCAGGAAGCAAUUCAUCCAGUUUCACGGAGGGCUGGGUGGAGUUCAGAGACAAGCGCAUCGCUAAGAGAGUCGCAGCCAGUCUGCACAACACACCCAUGGCCAACAAGAAGAAGAGCCGCUUCAGCAGCGACCUGUGGUCCAUUAAGUAUCUGCACAGGUUCCAGUGGUGCCAUCUCAGCGAACGAUUGGCUUACGAGCAGACGGUGUAUCAUCAGCGUAUGAGAACCGAAAUCUCCCAGGCGAAGAAGGAGACCAACUUCUACCUGGCUAGUGUGGAAAAGAGCCAGAAGCUGGAGAACCUAAGGAAGAAGAAGGAGAAGAAGGGAGAGGUCGUAGAGGAGAAGACGUGGGACUACAAACAGCGACCUACAGAAGAGGAGAUCCACCUGAAACGGUUUAAGAACAAAGGCUUGUCCAAGAAGAACCUCCAGAAGGCACAACAGAAGAGCAAAACCAUCCAGGACAAAGCUCAAUCGAACGUUUCCCUCCUGGCCAAGAUCUUCAGUAGUGGAAGGGCUCAAGAGUGAUAUUCUGAGAACGAGUUUACAUUCAAGUUUUGGUGAAUCAUCAAUUUUUCAGACAUUUUUUCCCCCUGUAUUUGUACAGUAUACAUGCUGUUCAACAUACAAUCUUUAAAGCAGCACUAUGUAACUUUUGGCGCUCUAGCGGUUAAUAAACAGAACUGCACACAUC